AUGAAAGGGCUCCUUGCUUUGUUCCUGGUGGCCCUGGUCGUAGCUACCCCCUUGGGUCCCACUGGAGCCUCUGACACCCCUGAUCCAAAGGAAAUCCAGAUCGCCAGCGCAAGUUUCUCAGGAAGUGGUUGCCCCCAAGGCUCCGUUUCGACCACAAUCUCCCCAGACCGUACAGUCAUCACCUUCGGCUUCGACAAGUUCCAAACCUACAUUGGACCGGGACUCUCAGUUGCCGAACGCUCCAAGAACUGCGCUCUCCAUCUCAGUCUUAAGUAUCCAGGCGGUUUUCAGUUCGCUCUUGUGGACAGCACAUACCAUGGAUACGCUCAGCUUGAGGAUGGGGUCACCGGAACAUUCUAUUCGACGUACUUCUUCUCCCAAGACGCCGCAGCCACUUCUACAACGCAGACCUCCAUCGCCGGAGGGGGUAUUUGGCUGGACGGCCAGGUCUAUACCAAGCAAGACACCAUUCCUACCGCGGCUCUCAUCUAUUCGCCUUGUGGUGCAACUGGCAUUCUCAACGUCAAUAAUCGAAUUGCUCUUACGUCCAAGAACCCACAGGCCUAUGGCUCGAUCACCGACGAUGAUGCCACAGUAGCUUUUACCCAACAGAUCAAUAUCAAGUGGCUGCCUUGCAAGAAGUAG